UACAGUAAUCCCAACGUGUCAGAAACGUAUGAGUGGCUUAUGGGGUAAGUAGUGCCAUUUCAAUGCUGCCUUGUGCGCUAGAAGGGGGAGUUACUGCAACAGUGUAUUAUACUCUUCUACCCACGGCGCCAGUUCACUGCUGUGCGAUGGAGCGUCACUCUACUGUAGCAUCCAUUUAUCCGUACACUACCAGCGCUACUGUGGCAUGAUGGACAUAUGGGUGACUAUGGAAUAACUGCAUAGGAUAUCAGUUUCUCAAGUGCGGGCAGCCCAAGAUCCAAAGUGGGUGAUUUCCAGCAGAGAGCAGCUUCACCAUCUCUUUACCACCUCAUUCACCUUUACCACCUCGCUCUAACAGGAAGCACAAGCUUGCACUUCAAACCGUCACAUUUUCCCUCCUAUUCAGAUGUCAGUUACUUACUAAUCUACAACUCUGUCAGUACCUCUCCUAUUUACAGUUUACCAUACUGAAAACCCCAAAGUGCAAACUCCAUGCAUUUAGCUUUUGAGGUCACCUGAGAGCUGUUCUAAAAGGAUGAAAUUCCCUGCCUUAAUGUGUCAUGCACUUUGUUUCUGAUACAAUCCUUUCAAAGCCUCGUCUCAAGUCAAACCCUCCAAAGCUCUCCGACUUUCCAGUCUCUAAACACAUAUCAUUUACAAAAUGGUGGACCUCAAGAAUCGGACAAGAAAGCUUUUGAUUGUGCUGUUCUGCAUCUGUGCCAUUACCAUCAUUACAUUCAACUACAGCAGCACCUCAUCGUUACAACUUGCCUUCUGGCGGUCCAACAAACCUAUUUCCAAGGCACUGUGUGCCUGCCGCCAGUGCAUCUCUGUUGAGGAUGAAAACCCCUGGUUCAGGAAGCGCUUUAACCCGUCGAUAUCGCCGUUCCUGUCACAGAAGAACGCCAUGCUUUCUACGAGCACCUUUAAAUGGUGGCAGCGGCUAAGCCCCAGGGGAAACAAAGCCAACUACAGAAAUGUGGUGCAGAAACUAUUCCAGGUCUUCCCAGGCCAGGAACACUACAACGACUCAGCGCCCAAUCGCUGCAGGACUUGCGCUGUAGUCGGGAAUUCUUUGAACCUCAUUGGAUCCAACUACGGAGUUCUCAUUGACUCCAAUGACUUCAUCAUAAGAAUGAACGCAGCUCCUAUUUUGGGCUAUGAAAAGGACGUAGGGAACAGAACCACCCAUCGCAUCUCGUACCCAGGAUCUAUCAGGCACCUGCAAAACGACACACACCUGAUUCUGUUACCAUUCAAGACUGAAACUCUACAGUGGAUCACCAAGGCUUUGACCACAGGCUCUAUGAAAAGCGCCCCUUCACCUGAGAUGACCCUGAUUAAUACAGACAAGGUGUUAAUAUACAACCCCACGUUCUUAAAGUAUGUCCAUGAUGUGUGGCUUGAACGCCAUGGGAAAUAUCCCUCCACCGGCUUCUUAACCUUGAUGUUGGCCAUCCACAUAUGUGAUGAGGUGAAUGUUUUUGGAUUUGGGGCAGACAAGGACGGAACCUGGCAGCAUUACUGGGAGACAAUGAAAUUUAAACGUACAGCGCCAACCGGAGUGCAUCCUGGAGAGUAUGAGUCCUUCGCCAUGAAGCUGCUGGCCUGUAACAACAAAAUGAAGUUGUUUGAAGGGAGAUGAGGGCUGUGAAAUGAACAGGACUGCCGAACGGCCUUAAAGGCUGAAGUGAGAGCAGCACUGGCUUCCACAAUAUGGCAUAUAAACGAGUAAAACUAGAUAUAAAAUGUCAUGACAUACACAAGUAAAACUAGAUAUGACAUGUACACAAGUUAAACUAGAUAUGACAUAUACAAGUAAAACUAGAUAUGACAUAUACAAGUAAAACUAUAUUUGACAUACACGAGUUAAACUAGAUAUUAUUACAUUACAUUACAUGGCAUUAAGCAGACGCUCUUAUCCAGAGCGACGUACAAUGAAGUGCAAAUCAAACACAAGUAUGAGUGCUAAGAGGACCUGAGAGGACAGUACAGAGUCCUAUUCAUAAACAUACAGAUAAUCAGAACCCUUGAAGAGUACAAUCAACUUCCAAACUAGCAUACCACAGUUGGCAGCUAGAAUACCCUGAAUAUAAGUUGACAUAUGACAUUUACACAAGUUAAACUAGAUAUGACAUACACAAGUUAAACUUGAUAUGACAUACACAAGUUAAACUAGAUAUGACAUAUAUUAAGUAAAACUGGAUAUGACAUACCCGGGUAAUAUGACAUAUAAAUGGGUAAUUUUAGAAGGGCGGGGAGUCAAAUUGACCGAUGUGAAAUGAGGACCACACUGCUGGGUGAUAAGGAUGCUGAUUGAAGGGGAAUGGAGAAUUGACAGAUUUUUGACCAACAUUGGUCCACAAUGAUGUGAAAUCAGAGAAGUGGAUGGAAAAAAACUUUGGUGUGAAAACAAGUAUUACAGUUUUAUAAAAAUGUUUGGAAUACUUUAACAUGUGUUUUUUUGACUAAAUUGGGGAAAAAGUACAUUUUGACUUCAGCUCAUCUAUCACAUGCUUUGUAUUGAGGGAGUAAUUUAAUCAAGUAAAAUAAAGUUCUAUCAAUAACAUGGGACAUUUUUAGUUUUAAAUGGAUAUAUAACUUUGCCUGUAUGACCGGUGUACACAUGGUGAAUAACUGAGGGCUAUGUCCCUAUGUGCCUUAUCAAUGAAAUUCCUAAUGUGCAAGGUUUGGGUUUUGGGGAUUGGGGUUAUAUGCAUUUCAAACUUUAUCUCACA